GAAAAUAAGAAAAGAAAGCAUACAAAAGAAGUGGAGAAAGUGUCAGAAGACCAGAGCUCAUCUGUCAUACAAGAGCCUACUAUAAAAGCAAAGAAAGUCAGAAAGAAGGAACUUUCAGAAGCAGAAAAAAAAUUGGCAAACAGAGAGAGUGCUUUGGAGCAGGCAGAUGAAGAGGAAGAGCAAAAACUGUUUCAAAACAAAAUGAAACAAAAAAAGGGGGCUUCUCCUGCCGUCACCAAAAGUGUUGUUAAUUCAGACACAGGCACUACUGUAAAACAACAAAAGAAAAAAAAGGUGGUUGAUGAAACGGUAAACAGAAGAACUGUGUUUGUUGGAAACCUGCCUGUCAACUGUACUGUUCAGAUGCUGAAAUCUCUUUUUAAAGAGUAUGGACAAAUAAAAUCCAUUCGGUUCCGGUCUUUGGUUCCAGCAGAAGACACUUUAUCCAAAAAGUUAGCAGCAAUAAAGCAUAAGGUGCACCCUAAUGCGAAGUUCAUUAAUGCUUAUGUUGUAUUUAAGGAAGAAUGUGACGCCAUUAAGGCUCUAAAAGAAAAUGGAACAGAAAUUGCUAGUGGAUUUCACAUCAGAGUUGACAUUGCAUCAAAAAACAGUUCGCAUGACAAUAAACGAUCUGUAUUCUUGGGAAAUCUCUCAUAUGACAUCAGUGAUGAUGCUGUGCGAGAGCACUUUUCUGUAUGUGGAGGUGUGGUAGCAGUGCGAAUUGUGAGAGACAGAAAGACUGGCUUGGGUAAAGGCUUCGGCUACGUUCUCUUUGAGAAUACAGAUGCUGUACAUCUUGCACUGAAACUCAAUGAGACUGUUCUGAUGGGAAGAAAGAUACGAGUGAAGCGCUGCGGCGAGAAAUGGAAGGCACCACAGAAAAGUCCAGAUCAGCCUCGUGCUCCUAAGGACAGAGUUGAUACCACAUUAAAAAACAAAACACGAUCUAAUGAUUCAUUUGUUGGUGAGAAAGCAAUCCCGUUAAAGAAGAGCACCAAACCAAAAAGACUAAAAACUAUUCCGAGAAAUAAAGCUGGGAAAAACAAACAGUCCUCUGAUAAAAAUCAAACGUAUAAAAGUGUUCGUCGUUAUAAAGGCGAGGCCCACCCGCAGGCACUGGAGGAGGCGCCCUUGCCGGCGCUGGGUGAUGACGCCAGCGGAAGCGAGGCGGGGUCCUUUCUGGCUGCCCGCUCGUCCCAAG